CGCGUCGUCACAACUUCCGGCCAUAGUUUUGCAUCCUUUUUUCCGAACGUCGUCUGCCGUUGUAAUCAUUACACCGUGGUGAUAGUACAACGAAGUGGAGUAGUGUCAGAAGUAGCAAGUAUCGAUUCGUUUUUCUCUGAAAUUACCGAGAAGUGAUGGCUAUUUGGUCGUACGUCGUUUCGUAACAGAUAAACGAAUGCUAUCGAAUUUUCCGAUCGGACGUACAACGAAAAUCCCACGAUCUCCGGAGCAAACCGUGAAAUUCUUUUUUUAAAACGAUUGCAACGUAGAGAACAGUGUGGUACGCUGCCUACAGAUGAUGGCACGGUUCAAUUUUCUCUUCACGAUUGGACACACGAGGCUUGAAACAUUUCCCGUCGGCUCAGGUUGACGGCUUCCGUGUUCACAUAGAAUAAACAGCUCUGGCUCGCUGUUAUUCAGCGCGUGAUCCGAACGUUUGACGUCGGUGUUCUUUUUCCGCCGUUUUUGAAUCGCCGCCAGCGUGUUAAUUAAACAAACAAACUGUGGCCAAGUGGUGUUAAUCGGAUACGCCGCAAGAAAAUCUGGAAAGGACGUGCAAGUCGAUGAGAAGAAGGAGGCGGCGGAGGAGAAAGAGGCAGGAAUUUAGGAUCAUCGAGAGAUAUGGAGAAUAACAACGAAGCGCGCACCGUGACCGAACGUGCGUCGACGUCGAAGGAGGAACCCUUGGAAGCGACGGCAGAUGAUGAUUACGGCUGCGAGCAUUACAAGCGAAAGUCCAAGUUUGUGACACCAUGUUGCAACAAGGUGUACACGUGUCGGUUCUGCCACGAUAAGGAGGAGACUCAUACAGUAAACAGAAAGGAAGUUACAGAACUAAUAUGCGUUUUAUGCGACACCCGUCAACCAGUACAAGCUACUUGCCAAAAUUGUCACUGUCGGUUCGGUAAAUAUACGUGUCUUGAGUGCAAUUUGUUCGAUGACGAAGACAAGAAUCAGUAUCAUUGCGAUGGCUGUGGGAUAUGCAGGGUUGGCGGUAGUGACCGAUUUUUCCAUUGUGCCAAGUGCAAUAUGUGUUUACCCGUUCAGUUACAAAAUGGACAUACGUGUGUAGAAAAUGUUUCUCAUGCAAAUUGUCCAGUCUGUUUGGAAGAUAUUCAUACAAGUCGUAUACCCUGUCACAUUCCAAACUGUGGCCAUUUACUUCAUCGCACGUGUUUUGAGGAAUUGUUACAUUCAGGACAUUAUGCGUGUCCAACUUGCCAAGUAUCUCUUCUGGAUAUGACUGAUCUAUGGAGAUUUUUAGAUAUGGAAGUAUCGUCAACACCAAUGCCAGAAGAGUAUAAGGAUUAUAAAGUUGAUAUUCUGUGCAAAGACUGCCAUGAGGAGUCAACAGUAAAAUUCCAUAUUGUAGGUUUGAAAUGUUUAAAUUGUGGAAGUUAUAACACUUGUAGAGUCAAAGGAUCUCCUUCUCCAGCAGAUCCAGAUUCGUUGGACUAAACAAUUAGUACCAGCAAUAUGAAGAGAAUUCGUAAUGCCAGAACUCUGAGUAUUAAAACGGGAAAAAGAUGUGAAUCGUUCCCGCGAAAGUGUCGCUUUUAAGCGUUUCCAAAAGAAAAAACAAAGAAAGAAAGACAUUAGGAAAUGGCCUCUUUGGCAUUAUACCUCUUUACUUCUAUUUAGUAAAUUUAUACAUCUUUGUUGAUUGUUUUAAAACUUUUUAUAGACGUUAUUUUAUUAGGAGGCUGUAUGUAGCGACUGAUUAUCGUCAGCGCGUAUAUUAAUAACCAUGGAACACUGAAAAUUAUUGAAUAAUUACGCUUUGAAUCGUUAAUUCGUUUUAAUACAAAUCAUUAUGAACGAAUUAUAGAUUCUUUUCGUGAAAGUACAUUUCACGAUAGUAAUUCUAAGUGAAACAGUAUGACACAUUCUCGACAAUUUUUAUUUUGUAACUGAUUAAUGGUACGGUACGUAGUGUCACUUUUUGUUUUUAAAUUCUUCUCGCGCUGUACCCAAACUGAUUGUUAAACGUUUUAUGAGUGUGACUUUCUUUCGAUGCAAUCUUUUCGUAAAUGCUAAUCGAUCAACAUGUACCGGUAGUGCUAGUCAAUGAAAGAAAAAAAUCUCCCUCUUUUAGCUAUUGUUAUAAUCAACAGCUAAGAGUUCCUCUAUAGUAUCUGUUACACAUAGUUCCCCGAUGUUAUAUUAUGCAGCUAUAUGUAGAGAUAGAAAUCGAUGAGAUUAUUACUAAUAAGACGCAUUCUUUAAUGGAUUAUCGUACGCGCAAUUUUCGAAAAGAUCGCCAUCUAGUCAAAGAUCACUUGAGUCACUUCUUGAUACGAAUGUUCUGCAUAUAAAAAGUGCGCGGGGGAAUCUCAAAUAGUUGGGUGAUGUAAGCUGAUACCUUACACGAUAAUUCUCUAAAACUGUAUGAAAUGAAUCCGUAUCGUAAGCCCUUGAAACAAUUUAUGAAAUUUCAGGCUUCGACAUUCAUUUAUUGAAUUUUAUCAAGCAUUACCAUUAUUGUGAACUAAAACAAUCGUAAUUGUAUACUCCGUAAUGUUGUGCGUAUGUGCGUAUAUGUUGUGCUUUGGCAUCUUUUA